AUGUCGUCUCACGACAAACCAAACAUCUACGCAGAGCUCCUCACAAACAUCCGCCAGCUCUCAGUCGCAGUCACUCUCCCCUCGUCAGCAGGAGGACACACAAAGUCCUCCAUCGCCCCCGACGGCCUGACGCUCCACAUCCACCACGCCGGCACAGCAUUCUCCUUCCCGCUCCCAGGAAAGGUCCUCGCGCAGGGUGAUACCGCCCUGCCCACACCCACCUCGCCGGCCUCGCGCACGCUAUCAUGGCGUCUCCCGCUGGCAGCAGACCCCGCGGCCCCGCCACCGCGCGGCGGCAGCAGCGGCCUCGCCGACGACCCCGUCCCCUGGACGGCGCUGGACCUGCGCCCGGGCUCGGCCGUCGCGUGCAGACGCUGCGCCGCGUCCGUCGUGCCCGCGGGAAAGGCGAGGGAGUGGAAGGACCUGCCGAGCGAGAACUGGGCUGAGAUGAUGGACUUUUGGCACUGCCAUAAGCCUGCUACGGAGCACGAGCACGGCCUGGAGGGGGAGGGGGAGGACCAUGAGCAUCUGACCAGGCGCGGCUACGGAGCGAACUCGUCCAUUGCCGCGCAGCCUGGCGUCGGCAUGGUGGAUCUGACGUCGUUUCUGUUCCGCGAGACCGACUGUGCCGGUGUAAAGUUCUCUCCUUCUUCAUCGCCUGAUGGCACAGGCGCAGCAGCCUCCAGCUCAGAAGUCCUAGCUGGCGAAUCUGAUCCACCCCCGCGGAUGCUCCACGCCUCCUGCUCCAGCUGCGGAGCCCACCUCGGCUUCUUCAACGUAGCCAUCUCCUCCGUCGUCCUGCUCAAGUGGCAAGUGUCAUGCCAGACGAUAUCGCAGCCCGCCCCCGCGCCGCCCACCAGCUCAGAGUGCCUAGCCGCGACCCUCCUCGCCACCCUGUCGCGGUCAGGUUCCUCCAAGUCGGUCGUCGUGCCAACGUUCCAGUCGUCUCCGAGUCUGGCAUCCGGCGGCGCCGACGAGGCGUCGCCGACAUGGCCUGCUCUGCACCUGUGGAUCCUCAACAGCAACAUCACCUACGCCUCCUCGCAGCAACAUACAAAACGCGUCGCAAUCAAGGUCUUGUAUAAAGAGAUUUCCCAGAACGAGGCGGACUCGAUGCUCGAGUCCAUGACGUCUGACGUGCAGGAGGUCAACCUCCCGACGGCGGCGAUUGUCGCCGCAGCCGAGGGAUUGAAGAGCAGCACUGGGUUCCUUCCGCCGAGUGAGCGGGUGUUUAAGGACUGGAAUGUUGGGUUGCUGGAUAAAUGGGAGGCAGGGGGAAGGUGA